GAACGAAGCAAGCCCCCUCCGAGAGCCCAAGCUACAUUGGAACCGUUGCCCCCAAAGUUCUGCACUAUCAGCGCGGCGCCUUCCGCGGUUUCGCCCUGUUGGACCAGUACUGUGACAAGCACGGUGUGUAUUUGGACAUCAUUCCAGGUGAAGCGCACUGGAAAAAUGGCACAUGUGAGCAAGCAAUCCAAGGAGUAAAAGAACUCAUGACACGACUGUGCCUGUACGAUCCGGACCUCUCGACAGAAGCGGCGCUGGCCGAGGCUAUCACGGUCUUCAAUCACAGAGAUAUGAUUCGAGGUUUCAGUCAAGCCCAACAUGUUUUGGGCCGGGGAUCAGAUGAAACAGAUCGUUUCGUGGAAGCUGGACAAGGCCUUCCUCCCGGGUUGCUUGUCGAGAACCCAGUCGGUGAGUUCGAAAGAGCUACUAAGCGACGGGCAGAGGCGGAAAAGAUUCACGCGGAUUGGAAUGCACGCCAGUCUAGCGGCCCAGACUGGCCCACGCCGUGGACCUUUCACCAGGUGGCAGACUCUAUUGGAGGCAAUCAAUUCAAGGACAUCUCAUCCGACAAGCCUUCUGUGGAGGAAUGGAACAGAGCCCAGGACGCCACGGAGGAAGUGCAGCCGACUCGACUGCGAGCUCGCCAGAAAAGACCACCUAUCCACCGGGACGCCCCAGGAGACGACGUGGACGAUGGUGGUGACCAGACGAUGCCGCCGGCGAGGUCAUCAGGCCGUGGCUCAGUGCAGAGACCCCGACUGGAAGCCUCCUAUACGGAGCCUACUGAGCGAGGUGAGUGCUGGUGGAACACGGUCCCCGAGCAGGCCUGGCCAGAGCGUGGAAGUUCUUUCUGGGAUCAUGGCGACGCGGCGGUGGAAAUCGAGGUGGCUCUACCGGAAAGCCGGCGGGGAAUAGACCACAUGGCGAAGAACUUCGAGGGCUACUUCGUGGGUCAGCUAAAGCGGAAGGCAGUGGAAGUCUCGGAGCGACGGCUGACGGCCGAAGAACUGGAAGCAUUCCGCAGCGCCAAACAGAUUGAGGUGAAAAACUUUCUCUCAGCCGAUGCGUUCCAGGCCAUUCCGGAACACAUGCAGCCAUCGAAAGAUCAAGCAGUCGGCAUGAGGUGGGUGCUUACAUGGAAGGUGCGUGAAGACGGGACGCGGAAGGCAAAAGCCAGAGCAGUGCUUUUAGGCUGCCAGGACCCUAGCUACGAGCACCGAAGUACUGCAGCUCCAGUAAUGACGCGUCAGUCGCGUCAGAUGUUAUUACAGAUGGCUGCUUGGAAGAAGUGGCGCAUCCGUAAAGGAGAUGUGAGCGGUGCAUUCCUGCAGGGUCGAGAAUAUCCCGAUACCCUCUUCUGCAUCCCGACCAAAGAAAUCUGUGAGGCGAUGGGUUUGCCGGAAAACAGCGUCACGCGCAUCAAGCGUGCAUGUUAUGGACUAGUCGAUGCUCCUCUUGAAUGGUACCGUACUGUGGUUGGUCGAAGCACCGUGGACACAAUCAUUCGUGCAAACGUCCUGCUGUCUCAUGCUAAGGCAAGACGUGACCACAAGAUGCUCAUCCACGCCUUUCCAGAGGAUGUUCCCCUGGGACCAGUGGCUUGGGUGGAUGCGGCCUCGCAGAGCAGAGUCGACGGCGGCAGCACGGAAGGGAUCGUCAUCGGGAUGGCACCUCAAGGACUCCUUCAAGGUGAAGUUUGCGAGAUCUCGCUUAUGUCAUGGCAUUCGUCAAAGGUAGGACGGAUGUGCCGGAGCCCCGGAGCUGCGGAGGCCCUCGCCGCCAUAGACGGCGAAGACAGCCUCUACUAUGCUCGAUACCAAUGGUCAGAGCUCUUGCAUGGGGUUAUGGACCUACGGUUUCCAGACAUGGUUGUUAGCCAAGUCCCCGGCUGCCUGGUGACGGACAGCAGAAAUGUCUAUGACAAGAUGAUCAACGAGACGAUCGUUGUGAAAGGAGCAGAAAAACGUACCAGCAUCGAACUGCUGGGGUUGAAAGAA